GAGAGAGAGACAGAGAGAGAUGGCGAGCGCUUGGCUGGGUGCGAUAAUGGCCUUGUUCGCCUUUGCUGUUGUCGCCUCAGCCAGCGGCGAACUGUGGAAGACGGAGGAUCUGAAGAACGUGCACAUCGCCGGCAAGGUCCUGUGCCAGGAUUGCUCUCAGGGUUGGAAUUACUGGGCCCAUGCCGCCAUUCCUCUCAAAGGAAGCAAAGUGGCGGUGACGUGCAUAGACGCGCGGCGGCGGGUGGUUUACUACGGCAGCGAUGAGACGGACGAUAAGGGCAAUUUCGACUUACCGGUCGAGCUUCACCGCCACUCCGGCAAUCCGGCGAAGAAUGUUCGGCCGGAGGGUUGCUCUGUUCGGCUCGUUUCAUCGCCGGACGCCGCCUGCAAUGUCAUGACAAACUUCGGCGGCGGCCGGUCCGGCGUCGGUCUGGUUCGGCCCUCGCACGUGUAUCCGGGCCGGGUUAAAUACACGGUGGGGCCCUUUUUCUUCACCUCCCCUAUGUGCGAGGAGCCCGACACGAACGAAUGACCUACUGAGAUUUAUUUUACCUUUUUAUUUGCGGUGUUUAAUUAUAUUUAAUUAAUUUCUGUUUUUUUUUUAUUAAUUUUGUUUUCACGAAUCACAAGUGAUUUUAUUAAUGGUGGUGUA